CUGCCACUUGCGACGGUGAACGAAGACCAGCGACGUGGGAGAGAAAAGGAAAGAAAUUUUGCGGAACAUCGAAAGAUAUUGAGCAGGAGGAAAAAAAAGAGGUCUGCGAGCCUUCUUUGCAUCGUCUCCUCCGCCCCUCGCUAAGAACUUUGGUUCAGGGCUAGGGUUAGGGUUUCUGAGUUCCCUCCGGGGUUCCCGGUCUCCUUGUCGAUUCCUCUCCCCGCGAUCCCGCGUUGCCCUCUGGCGGAGGCGCUCCGGCGGUUUCCAGCACUCGAUCUGACGGGGUUUGGUCCGGCGAUGUGGGAGGAGGUCCGGAGGCGCCGCUCGGUUACGAUUCUCGACAGAUAGCCCAGGGAUCUCCGGUGGGCCCUUCCCGGCGACAUGGCCGACGCUCUGUCCGUAAUCCCGGCGGCCGUUCUCAGGAACCUCGCAGAUAAGCUCUACGAGAAGCGGAAGAAUGCGGCCCUUGAGAUCGAAGGUAUCGUGAAGCAACUGACACUUGCGGGAGAGCAUGACAAGAUAGCAGCUGUGAUCAAGCUGUUGACCACAGAAUUCACGUCCUCCUCACAGGCGAAUCAUAGGAAGGGUGGGUUAAUAGGACUUGCAGCAGCUACUGUUGGUUUGGCAACAGAAGCUUCUCAGCAUCUUGAGCAAAUUGUACCGCCUGUACUUAAUUCCUUUCUUGAUCAAGACAGCAGAGUUCGAUUCUAUGCUUGUGAAGCGUUGUAUAACAUAGCAAAGGUUGUCAGAGGAGAUUUCAUCAUAUUUUUCAAUAAGAUAUUUGAUGCACUUUGCAAGCUCUCAGCAGACUCGGAUGCUAACGUGCAGAGUGCUGCUCAUCUCCUAGACAGGCUUGUAAAGGAUAUUGUAACCGAGAGUGAUCAAUUCAGCAUAGAAGAAUUUAUACCGCUUUUGAGAGAGCGCAUGAAUGUACUCAACCCUUAUGUACGCCAAUUUUUGGUGGGAUGGAUUACCGUAUUGGAUAGUGUUCCAGAUAUUGAUAUGCUUGGUUUCCUUCCAGAUUUUCUUGAUGGUUUGUUCAACAUGUUAAGUGAUUCCAGUCAUGAAAUACGUCAACAAGCCGAUUGUGCACUUUCUGAAUUUCUGCAAGAAAUAAAGAAUUCUCCAAAUGUAGACUAUGGUCGUAUGGCUGAGAUAUUGGUACAGAGGGCAGGUUCUCCUGAUGAAUUUACUCGGUUGACAGCUAUCACAUGGAUAAAUGAAUUUGUAAAACUUGGUGGAGACCAGCUUGUUCCUUACUAUGCAGAUAUUCUAGGAGCUAUAUUACCUUGCAUAUCUGAUAAAGAGGAGAAGAUUAGAGUGGUUGCUCGUGAAACCAACGAAGAGCUUCGUGCCAUUCGAGCUGUUCCGGCUGAGGGAUUUGAUAUAGGAGCCAUCCUCUCUAUUGCAAGGAGAGAAUUAACUAAUGAAUGGGAGGCUACCCGAAUUGAAGCAUUGCAUUGGAUUGCAACUCUUUUAGCCCGGCAUCGAACUGAGGUUAUUUCAUAUUUGAAUGAAAUCUUUGGUUCCCUUCUAAGUGCGCUUUCAGAUCCUUCUGAUGAGGUGGUCCUGUUGGUGCUAGAAGUGCAUGCAUGUAUCGCAAAAGAUGACCAACACUUCCGUCAUCUUGUUAUUUAUCUAGUCCAUAACUUUUGCAAUGAUCGCAUGCUUCUUGAAAAGCGUGGUGCUUUGAUAGUACGUCGACUUUGUGUUCUUUUGGAUGCGGAACGGGUUUACCGGGAGUUUUCUACAAUUCUAGAGGGUGAAGAUGACUUGGAUUUUGCAUCCACUAUGGUUCAGGCCUUAAAUUUGAUUUUACUCACGUCAACGGAAUUGGCUGAGCUUCGAGCUCUACUAAAGCAAUCAUUGGUGAACUCUUCCGGCAAAGACUUAUUUGUUUCUCUGUAUUCUUCUUGGUGCCAUUCAUCAAUGGCAACAAUAAGUUUGUGUCUGCUAGCCCAGGCGUACCAUCAUGCCAGUUCUGUAAUUCAGUCACUGGGAGAAGAAGACAUAAAUGUGAAGUUCUUGGUGCAGCUGGACAAGUUGAUCCGCCUGCUGGAGACUCCAAUCUUUGCUUACCUACGAUUGCAGCUUCUUGAACCUGGGAAACAUACAUGGCUAUUAAAGACUCUAUAUGGUCUUUUGAUGUUGCUACCCCAGCAAAGUGCGGCCUUCAAGAUAUUACGGACUCGAUUAAAAACUGUACCUUCUUCCUCUUUAUCUAAUGAGCUCAAGCAUACAUCAUCAGGAAGUUCAUACUCCCAGAUUCUACAAAUAACGGAGGACAGCAACAGAAAUAAGGAUGCAGCAAACAUUUAUAAUGCAAUCAACUUUCCGUCUAGGCUGCAGCAAUUUGGGCACAUGCAAAACCGACAUCGGAUUCAUGCCAAAACACAGCUGCAACCGCACAAUUCGACAUCCUCAACAUGGUCGCAGGAGAUGCAAAUAUCGGAAGAAUCAAGCCUACCUUCACACCUUCCUGACUCGAGUCGUUCCCCUUCUGGAUCAUACUGGAGCAUUCCAGGACAGUUGCAACAUUGAAUCCUGCCGGUUAUUUUUGUCACCAUGUCUGGCCAUAUGGCACUGACCUCAGCAUCUCAAGGAAAUCUUCUGCGCAAGGCAUGAGAUCAGUUAAUGUAAAAUUAUAUAUCAUAUUGGUUGUCUGCUACAUUUUGUCCUGUUGGGACAGCAGGGAUUAAGAUGAAUGGCAUAAGCUGGACUCUUGUGAGCUAUUCUUUUUUUUUUUUAAUAAUUUAUUAGGCAAGUUCGCUCCUGUGGUUUUGUAAUUUUUUUUAUGGAAGGCCACAUGAGCCAGAGGAUUUGGGUGAGGAGAUUCAGUUGUUUAUACUGUUCAGCUGAUUCAACAAUCCCAAUAAAGCAGUCAGGAAAUGUACAUUGUAGUUAGUGGUUUUGAGUUUCGGGAUACUGCAUAUUAUUAUUACCAUAGCUUCACUGAUUUAUUUUGCUA